CCUUCGUUCGGCGCGGGUCGGGCCGCUUUUCCGCAGGCUGGGCGGGGGGAGCAGCGCAGCGCCGCCCCGUGCCGUUAUUUCCUCCCUUCGGACGCCGUUAUCGCGGCUCCCGGCCUUCGGGGCGGUGCCGGCGUUGCUGGCUGUGACGCCCGCAAAGCGGGGAUUUCCCAAACCCAAAGGCAGCGGGAUCGGGUGGCGCCAAUGUGCGCCGUGCCGUCUGGAGGCGGUGCCCGGCUCCCCGCUGCGUAUCGGGCAGAGGUUGGCACAGCCUCAGUGGUUGAACCUGUGGAGUCCCUGCGCUCCCAGCCCUCUUCAUCGCGUCCCUUCACAGUUUUCCCACUGCUGACGUCCACAUUUGCUUCUGGUUCUUCUCUGCCUCACCUCCACAGCCUGAGCAGCUUUUUGUUCCCCUUCUGCACGGCGUGGAGGAAGAUGAAGCCCUUUGGAAAAGUGCUCUGUGCUGCAGGGAGCCUGGCUGUGCUGCUUGCCUUCUUCUGGAGGGACACCUUCCAGCCAGAGCAGCUUUCUGGUGCCCGCGUCCUGCUGACCGGAGCCAGCACAGGGAUUGGGGAGCAGAUGGCCUAUCACUACGCCACGUUUGGGGCUGAAAUUGUUCUGACCGCCAGGAGGGAAGCUGUGCUGCAGGAGGUGGUGGAGAAAUGCCUGAGCCUCGGAGCAAAGAAAGCCUUCUAUAUCCCAGCUGAUAUGUCUUCCCCUUCCGAGCCUGACAGGGUGCUUCGGUUCGCCGUCCAAAAGCUGGGAGGGCUGGAUUACCUGGUGCUGAACCACAUUGGCAUUUCCCCUUUCCAGAUGUGGGGUGGAGAUGUGGAGCACAGCCGCUGGCUCAUGGAGGUGAAUUUCUUUAGUUACGUGGCGCUCGCAACAGCAGCUCUGCCCACCCUGGAGAAGAAUCACGGCUCGGUGGUGGUGGUUUCUUCCCUCACAGGGAAGAUUCCCACUCCUUUCACCACUUCGUACUCAGCCACAAAGUUUGCACUGGACGGAUUCUUCAGCUCCCUGCGCCACGAGCUGAUGAUGCAGGAGAGGAACGUCUCCAUCACGCUGUGCAUCCUGGGCCUCAUCGACACGGCCACGGCGCUGGAAAAGACCCGGGGCAAAGUCUUCAUCACUGCUUCCCCUGCGCCAGAAGCGGCGCUCGCCAUCAUUCGCGGCGCUGCCGCCCGCCUGCCGGAGCUCUUUUACCCGUGGUGGCUGCGGCACGUGCACGGCCUCUGGGUGCUGCUUCCCAACCCCCGCGUGCUGCAGAGCUUCUACAACCACAGCGCUUCGAACCACGGCAGCCCCUGACGGCGCGGGGAUCCGCGUGCGGUGAUCGCCCCCCCAUCUUCCUCCAGACCCCGCAGCCGCCCCUCUCGCUCCGCCCCAUAGGCUCGGUUGUGUCUCGCGUUCUCCGCCCGGGGCCGGGCCUGCAAGGAGCGAAGCCGGCUGCCCUCAGCCGCUGCCUCGGAGCGCCCCGUGCGGACCGGCGGCACCGCGCCUUGCGGGCACGGCGACGGCGGCGGAAGCGCCCGAGCCGGAAGCUGCCGCUGCGGGAUUGAGCCCCGCCCCCCGGGCGGCAGCGGAUUGGAUGGCACUCGAGGUGUAUGCAAAUCUCGCUGUGCUUCCGCUUUCCUAUUGGUUCCUGGUCCACUUUAGCACCGCCCUAAUGGCGCGAGGCCCGCCCCGCGCCUUUGAUUGGUUAGCAAUAGUAUGCUGCUCGUCGCUCCUCCUCUCGUGGGCGGAGCCACUCUGCUGCCGGCUGCCCGUUGGCUGAGCAGCUCUGGGGGGCGGGGCUUCGUGCGGCGGUGGCGCGCCGGUGCGCUCCGGGUGCGCUGUGCGCAAGCGGCGGUUCCGCUCCGGUUCCCCGAAGCGGUGCUGGCGCUGCAGCCGUCAAACGGCCCCGGGCCGCCCCAACCCCAGGCGGCGCACGCGGGGGGCAGCCGGGUUACUUAGGAAGUAAAACUUUUAUUAAAUAAGUUUAAGAUUCUUUGUAGAUCAGAGCGAGGGCUGACACUGAUGGAGCGGCGUCGGGAUCGGCGAUGGAGGAAAUGCGGACGGUCAAACGGCGGCGGGCCGAACCUCGCCGGGUCCCGCUGUUGCUCCCCCCCCUCCCCCCCCCCGGUUUGUAUUUGUUGGUCCUUUUUCUUUCUUUUUUUUUUUUUUUUUUUUUGUUUUUUGUUUUUGUUCAAAAUUAGAUUAAGUUUAAAUCCAUGAAAUUAUUCGUAGCAGAAAUAAAGUACAUUAUACAAAUCA